AAAUAAAUAAAUAUCUCUUCCGGCAAUCUGCGCCUCUCCUUAAACCCUACACUUCACUUGUUGGGGUUUUCUGCUUCUUCUCCUACCUCUAUUGCUCUCUCCCCUUUAUCUUCCAUCUACCCAAAACCCUCCGCAGCCGUUUGCAAAAAUCAUGUUAACGGCAUCCAUAAGUCGCUCGUUGCCGGUGCCUCGCAGGCCGGCGACCCUAGCCGCCUUGGCCGCCGUCGAAACCAUCGUGCGAAGCAGCAGCCGCCGCUCUUCAUCAGUAUCUGUUGGUAAUUCUCCUCCCUCCUCCGCCCCUGCAGCCCCCGGCACGGCCUCGUUUCCGGCGGGAAGGGGUCUUCUCUCGUUGGGAUUUGGAGCUUUAUCUUCGGUAAGCUCUGGGUUUCACACUCAAGCUGGGAGAUUGAAUUACAAGUCGUCCACGAUUUCCCAGGCUGAGUUCGCCUUAGAUCAUCAGUAUGGUUACGACGACGACGACGACAUAAUCGGCGGCGGAGGGAAAGCGAAGGUGGCUAGUAAUAGCCAAAGCGAGGAAGGGCUAGAAAUUUCCAAGCUUGGGAUUGCUCAAGAGAUUGUGUCGGCUUUGGCUACUAAGGGGAUCUCUAACCUUUUCCCCAUUCAGAGAGCUGUUCUUGAGCCUGCAAUGGCAGGAAGGGAUUUGUUUGGGAGGGCUAGAACAGGAACAGGGAAAACCCUUGCCUUUGGUAUCCCGAUCCUCGACAAGAUCAUUCAGUACAAUGCGAAGCAUGGACGUGGAAAGAAUCCGUUGGCCUUAGUCAUGGCGCCAACUAGAGAGCUCGCCCGCCAGGUGGAGAAAGAGUUUCGUGAGGCAGCACCUAAUCUGGACACCAUCUGCCUCUAUGGUGGUACCCCCAUUCAGCGGCAGAUGAGGGAACUCGAAUAUGGCACUGAUAUUGUCGUCGGCACGCCUGGUAGGAUUAUGGAUCUCAUGAGGAGAGGAGCUCUGAACUUGUCGGAAGUCCAGUUUGCUGUUCUUGAUGAGGCAGACCAGAUGCUUGCCGUCGGUUUUGUUGAUGAUAUUGAAACGAUCUUCAAGCAGAUGCCACCGAAGCGACAGAACAUGUUGUUCUCUGCCACAAUGCCAAGUUGGAUCAAGAACCUCAUUAAGAAUUACCUAACAAAGCCGCUGACUAUCGAUCUGGUUGGUGAUUCGGAUAAGAAGCUAGCUGAUGGGAUUACUCUCUACUCUAUCGCAUCAGAGUCGUAUCAGAAAGCAGGCGUUCUUGCUCCUUUGAUUGCGGAACAUGGGAAAGGAGGAAAGUGUAUUGUGUUCACUGAGACAAAACGUGAUGCGGAUCGUUUGGCGUAUGCAAUGGCAAAAAGCCAUAAAUGUGAAGCAUUGCACGGUGACAUCUCUCAGAUGCAAAGGGAAAGAACACUUGCAGGUUUCCGAGAUGGUCAGUUUAAUAUACUUGUGGCUACUGAUGUCGCUGCACGUGGUCUAGAUGUACCGAACGUUGAUCUGAUUAUACACUAUGCUAUUCCAAACUCAACCGAGACAUUUGUUCAUCGAUCUGGUCGUACUGGACGUGCUGGGAAAAAGGGAACUGCCAUUCUCAUUUACGGCGGGGAUCAAAGUAGGCAAGUGAAGAUCCUUGAGCGAGAAGUAGGAUGCCGAUUCACCGAGCUCCCUAAAAUUGCUGUUGAGGCUGGAGGCAUGAACCUAGACAUGGGCGGCAGUAGUCGAUUCGGCCAGUUUGGCAGCUCAGGAGGCCGUGGUGGCAGUGGCGGCUAUGGCCGGUUCGGUGGUGGUGGUGGUGGUGGUUCGAGUAGCUACGGUUCUGGAGGACGUGGUGGAGGCUAUGGUGGUCGACAAGGAGGCAGCAGCGGUGGUGGACGGUUCCAGUCUCAGCCAGGCGGCUAUGGUGGCUCGAGUCAAGGUCGUAGCAGCGGUGGCUCGUUCAGCGACUUUGGCAAGUCGGACCGAGGUGGUGGCUCGUUCAGCGACUUUGGCUCAGGACGUUCCGGUGGAUUCGGAGACUCUGGCUCGAAGCGUUCCAGCUCGUUUGGAGGCGGGGGUCGAUUCGGGGGAUUUGGAGACGGCGGGGAUGACAAGGGCUUUGGAGGAGGAAGACGGUAAGGCGGAUUUAAUCAUACAUGGAAGCCGGCGGGGGGCAGCAGAGGUUUCAUGUGGCUUUUUCAUUCUUCAAUAUCUAUAUUUAGCUCGACUCACUCACUCUGUGUACUGUAAUGUAACCAUAACUAUUUUUGAGACGUGAGAGUAAUUCUAUCAUUAGUUCCCAUGGAAAUUUCAAGAAUAAAAAUGUUUAAAACAUGUACAGAGAGCAUGGUAUAACUAUUCAAUUUAUAAACAAGGUGGAAAAAAAGUAUUUUGAAUGUCCAAUUCACACAUUAAAGUUUGUUUUUUUUUUUAACAUAGACAUCUAUAAAGGUAGUAAUCAAG